UUUUUUGUCCCCUCAUUCAGGAUGGCUGAUGCGCUGAUAAAUCUCUUCGUUGCUGCUGGCUUAAGUGCUCAAAAGGCAAAGGAAACAGCUAAAAAUGAAAUUUUGUCAAAAGAGUUCAAGAACAACAUUGAAAAGGAAGUACAAGGUGGAAUCUGUCAAUGAAGUAUUCUACAGACUUAAACUUUCUGUCAGCCCUUUUGGAAAUAUCCAGUAUUUCUUCAUUAACAAGCACAUCAUCAUUAUAAGGGUAUUUGUGCAGCAUGCAAAGCAAGCCAAUGGUGAAGGAGAGAUCGACAAGUCUGUUGGUAAUCUACUUUACCAUGUCAGCACCAGACUAAAGGAUAAGAAGAGGACAGAUUUUAUGAUCCGCUACAUUGCAGCUAAGAAGAUAAACUCUGAAGUACAGCUGACUGCUGCUCUGGAAUAUCUGAAAUGUAAUCCGGUGGAUCCUAUCAAUAUAGGAGACUUUGAGAAAGCUUGUGGAGUAGGAGUAGUCGUUGAACCUGAGGAUAUUGAGGAUGAGGUGGAAAAGGCCAUAAGCAAGCACAAAGAAGGGCUUGUUGAGAAGAGAUAUCAUUACAAUAUGGGCCUGAUCAUUAGUGAAGUUCGUCAGAAACUAAAGUGGGCAGAUGGUAAGGCUAUCAAGACAGAAGUUGAUAUGCAAGUGACCAUUCUUCUUGGUCCUAAAACAGAGGCAGACAUGGUGAAACCAAGCAAGGAUGGAAAGAAAGAGAAAUCUAACAGUGAUAGCAAAGGCAAAUCAGUCAAGAAAUCAAAAGAAGAAGAGAAGAAGUCUGAACCUGAGAAAGAAUUAGAAUCUCCUGCUGAACAAAAAUCAUUCUCAUCUGUCAAUCAACUAAUGGGUGAAGCUGUCAAAUUUCACAAACCAGGUGAAAAUUAUAAGACUGAUGGAUAUGUGAUUACACCCAAGACGAUGGAACUACUUCAGGAGCACUUGAAAAUCACAGGAGGACAGGUUCGCACUCGCUUUCCACCUGAACCUAAUGGCAUUCUUCACAUUGGACAUGCAAAGGCGAUCAACUUUAACUUUGGUUAUGCAAGGGCCAAUGGAGGCAUUACAUUCCUGCGUUAUGAUGACACUAACCCUGAGAAGGAAGAAGAGAAGUUCUUUACUGCAAUCUAUAACAUGGUGACUUGGCUUGGUUAUCAACCCUACAAGGUCACUCAUGCAUCAGAUUACUUUCAGAAUCUAUAUGAUCUAGCUGUGGAACUCAUCAAAAGAAAUCUUGCCUAUGCAUGUCAUAUGAAAUCAGAAGACCUGAAAGGAUUCAAUGUACAAGAUUCACCAUGGAGAGAUAGGCCUGUAGAAGAAAGUCUGAGACUUUUUGAGGAUAUGAAGAAAGGCAAGUUUGAAGAAGGUGAAGUAACACUACGUAUGAAGACCACGCUCGAAGAGGGCAAGAAGGAUCCAGUAGCGUACCGUAUCAAAUACACUCCUCAUCAUAGAACUAAAGAUCAAUGGUGUAUAUAUCCAACCUAUGACUACACUCAUUGUCUAUGUGAUUCCAUUGAACACAUCACUCAUUCACUAUGCACAAAGGAGUUCCAGUCAAGACGUUCUUCCUACUACUGGUUAUGCAAUGCUGUUGAUGCCUACUGUCCAGUGCAGUGGGAGUAUGGUCGUCUUAACAUGCACUAUACUGUGGUCUCUAAGAGAAAGAUAGGCAAACUUAUUUCAGCUGGUAUUGUCAGAGACUGGGAUGAUCCUAGGUUAUUCACUCUUACCGCUCUGAAACGAAGAGGGUUUCCACCUGAAGCUAUUAAUAUGUUCUGUGCAAGGAUUGGAGUGACCAUGUCUAAGGUAGCAUUUGAUCCAUCUAUGCUGGAGGCCUGUGUGAGAGAGGUUCUCAAUAAUACUUCAAAGAGAGUUAUGGCUGUUCUUGAUCCUAUCAAAGUCACCAUAUCAAACUUCCCUGAUGCAAAGGCUCGAUUGCUGGAUGUACCAAACAUCCCACAUGAUCAAUCUCAAGGAACUCAUUCAAUCCCAUUCUCAUCGGUGAUCUACAUUGAAAGAUCAGACUUUCAACAGAAAGCAGAGAAGGGUUACAGACGGUUGACUCCUGCACAGCCUGUUGGCCUGAAAUACACUGGGAAUGUACUAAAUGUAGAAUCAGUGGUUUGUGAUAACAGCGGAAAGGUGACUGAGCUCAAAGCUAGGAUUACACCCCUUGAAGAAACCAGUAAACCCAAGGCAUUCAUACAUUGGGUCUCUAAUCCCAUCUCAUGUGAAGUCAGAAUCUAUGAAAGACUAUUCAAGCAUAAGAAUCCUGAAGACCCUGAAGAGGUACCAGGAGGUUUCAUCACAGAUUGCAAUAAGGAUUCUUUGACUGUGAUGAAUGAAGCACUAAUUGACCAAUCAGUGAAGGGUGCAAAGAUUUAUGAUAGAUUCCAGUUUGAAAGGAUUGGCUUCUUCUCCAUUGAUACAGAUACUACAGAUAAUAAGCUGGUCUUCAACAAAACAGUAGCCUUGAAAGAGGACUCGGGGAAGAACUGACAUUGAUUCAUUCUCCACUCAAGACUCCUUUUCUCAGACUCUUCAUCUUCCUCUAUUCAACAACUAGUUCUAUAGAGUAUUUUUUAAUUGUAAUUUCCAUUUUCAUGUAUUCUUUUUUUUUAAGUUUUACUUAUGAAGAUCUAUCUUUUUAUACGCCCCUCCUAGACAGGACGUAUUAUGGUAUCACACUCGGUGUCCGUCUGUCUGUCCAUUAACUUUUCCUUGUAAAUGCAAUAACUUUAGUUUAACAUAACAAAGGCUCAUAUGAUUUUGUGUGUAUGAAACUAGCAUGGAUCCCAGGAAGCCUAUUGAUAUUGAACUCAAAAGGUCAAAGGUCAAGAUCACAGUGACAUGUUUUCAUCUUACCGUUCUGAAGUCCUUGCAAAUGCAAGAACUUUAGUUUAACUUAACCAAGGCUCUUAUAAUUUGGUUUGUAUGAUACUAGCAUGGAUUCCAGGAAGGCUAAUGAUUUCGAGGUCAAAGGUCAAAUCGCCACUUUCUUGCUUGACCAAUAACUCCAUUUUCCAUGUUACAGGCAGGGGUAUUAUGUGCUUGUCAUAGCGACACUCUUUAAAUGAUUUCAUUUAGUUAUUGAUUUUUGGGGGUUAACUAAUUUGCUUAUCUUUAUACUUCAUUAUCGUAACUUAUAGAGUAGAUUAUGUGUAUUCUGUUCUACCUUCCAAUUUUUUCAUUAGUGUAAUAAUGCAGUUUGUUGUCAAGUUGAAGGUUAGAAACACUGUACAAGUCAUAAAACUUUUUAUUCAAGUCUAUGGCAAUUUUGAUAACAUACUUGAUAUGUCUAUGAAUGAUAUGAAGAAAAGAUCAGAAAAUAAAACUAGGUUCUUUUUUAAUGGUCUAAGAGAGAGAAAAAGGCCUAUUUGUAUUUUUCUGGAUGUCAAGGAUUAAUAUUUCCAUAAAUUGUUAACAGUAUUGUGAAGCAAUUUGGCAAAAGGAUUGUUUAAGGUAGGUAUGGGUACCUUGUGCAAAUUUCCCCUUUAAUUCUCAUAUUGUUUUUCUUUAAAUGUUAACAUUUUUAUUUCUUGAGGCAUAUCAUCACUGAUAUAAAUCUAUGGUAUAUAGUCAUCCCUUGCACCCUUCAUAUCAGCCUUGGAAUGAUUCAGAAUAUAUCAUAGAAAAAAAAGUUGAAGUGAAAAGUGGUAUAUGGCAGGCUGAAUGUUCAUCUUUUGUUUUAUACUGUACCAGUAUAUUAAUAUUCUGAAUGGAAAUGUUGUCAUCAUGUUUUGUUCUUUUUUUUUGGGGGGGGGUGGAGAGGCAUAUAUGGAAGGGAUGAUAAAGUAAGCUAGCUAUUAUCUGCAAUAUAUAAGUUAUUCUUAUUCAUGCACAUGGGCAGAGCUGUCAACUAUUAGUCAUAAUUAUUUCUCUUUUCAUGUCCAAUUAUGCCUUAAUGAUAUUUACCUUAAUUAUUACUCUUUUUGAGGGCAAGUAAGUAUGUUAACAUUUAAUGUAUAGGCCUAGUAAUAUAUUGGACAGUGGUGAACUCAUCUGUAGGUGGCCAAUGAUGCACGUUAUUUGCAUGAUCCUGUAUCUUUGUUUGAAUCUCUUUGAAUGUUGUCAUCACAUGCUGAAAUAAUGACUCAAUCUUAUUGAUUUACACAAAAGAGAGAGUACCCGAGAUGAUUUUGAAUUUAAGCCAUAAAAGAAAGAGGAUUCAUUUUUUAAAGGAAUCUGUUCACCAUAUUACAUGUACCUCUCCAAAGAAAUUUAUAAUACCGCGUGGCUCAUAUGAAAUAAUGACUUUUAUGUCAACAUUAUGACUUUGAGUUUCUGGAUUACUACUUUUUACUUUGAAAGGUUGGCAGCUCUGCAUGGGGUGUGGAAAUGUUGGAGAUGAUGAUUGAUAAACAAUAUAUUUUUAAAAAGGGGGUAUAUGGGUUUGAAAAUGAUCAAGGAAAAUAAUACCAUUGAUGACCUAGCCCAAUCUGUCAAGGCUCACUACUAGAUCCUCUGCCAUGUUUGAAACAUAUAUUUCAUAUCAAUCUUGACUUCUAAAGGUUCCGGGUAGUACACUCUGAAUGGACAUUUAUUGAUCAAAAACAACUGAAUCAGAAAUUAGUUAAAUCCACCCAACCACUUCAUUCAAAUAUAUUGACAAAUGAUCAAUAGAAAACAGUUGUAGAAGAUUUUUAUUUUUAUUGUGAUGCAAUAUUAUUAUUUUUUUGCACGAGGUGUAUUUGGUAAAAAGAAAUUAACUUGUGUAGACCACAUCUUGGUAAUGAUUUGGGCCUUGAAUAGUCUUUUCAUUGGUCUUUCCAUUAAAUUUAAGAUCUUUUUCCAAUUUAUUCAAGUUUUUUUUUUACCCCUUUCAAUAACAAAGUUUGAAGAGGGUAUAGGAAUUAGCAUACGGUCAGGUAGUUAAUCUAUUUUAAAUGUUGCGGUUUUAAACUUAUUCUAAUGAAAUUUUGCAUUGAUGUAAAGAUGUUCAAGACACAUUUUUGGCAUAUGUUGGAGGUUAGCAUGUUAUGACUCAAAACUCAAGAAAACUCUUUGGACCAGCGCUCAUGAAGCACAAGCAUUGGUCUCUUGAUAAAGUCAUGCCAGAUCCAAUUCUAAAUGUGUUUGGAACUGCAUUGCCAAGGCAACAGCAUGGAACAGGGGUAUUAUUAGCCUUCUGUGAUAUUUUUAGUUAUUCAUGAAAGUGAUUCCUUUAUGUACAAAAUGUAACACUGCAGAGCAAAAAAAUUGGUGUCUUUUUCAUUUGAAAACUUUAAAUGGGCUUUUACAAAAUUUAGUUUCUAUUUUUUUGUGCCGUAUUGAAAGAACUAGAUUGAAAAACAUAAUGUUUUGCAUCCUUUUCAUUGUAUGUCCUUGUAAUAUUUGUGCAAGAUACAUAUCAUCACCAUUUUUUUGUUCAAAAUUUGCAAAAUAAAAGCAAAGAUAAGAUUUCUUAAUGUAUGUUUUGUUUACUUUUGGUUGGUUAUUGCCCCCAAAUGAUUCUUUCUUUGCUUUAGUAAUAUUUUUCAUUUUAAAGAGUUCGCUCAUAGAGGGAAGCAAACCCAUUUAAAGUCUAACUUUUCAUUUUGAGGCUAUUUUGGAAGGCUAAAAAGUAUGUGAUUGAAUUCAAUUUUGGACAGUAGAACAAUAUCUAAAGCUCAUCAUACCCUUUAUGAUCCUACUCCAAUCUGAUUCUAUAGCAAAUAAAUAGUAAUAUUAUCUUAUUUGGAGUUAAGAAUAAUGUUAGGUAACCAAAAUGGCUUCAAGUGGCAGCCUAUUGCAAUAUUUCAAGUACGUCUGUACAUUUUUGAAAUAAACUUGCUAAUUAAUUCAAACAAGGAGGCUUCAAAAUUUCUUUCUUGUAUUCAUAUAAUAAUUCAGAACUUUUAUCAUGAAGAUCUAUAGGUUAGAAUGUUAAGACUCAGUGCUAUUACAUUUUUUCUGCAAAAUAGCACUAUUAACGGGUCAUGUAGCGUGUGCUGGUCUUAUGCCUCUGUUACUUGGAACCAAAUCAGCUGCAAAUCCUGAAUGCACAGUAUUCUGGUGGAUUUGGGAGUUCUUCCUUUCUCAAUAAAAUACUUGUUUGUAUCGGUGACACGGCAUUUGCACCAGCAACAAUUGCGCCAGGCUUUAUUUUGUAUAGGGUUAUGGUUAGGGUUGCAGUGGGUUUUAUGUUAGGUUUGAGGUUAGGAUUAGGAUAAGAUAUAGUGUUAAGUCAAAGGUUGAAGUUGGUCAUUCCAUUAAAGAGUGGAAUUAGCAGAGGGUCAAUUUUCAUAGAACCAUUUGUAUCAUGGGAGUAAAGGCCUGAAUCUUCUUACCCAAGAGACGCAAAUCACAAAUAGAGCUGAAUCUGCUUGGACUGCCUCAAAUACCUCCCUGAAUCCAUCCAGAUCGUCACUCAAUUCAGGUCGUCAUUCGGGUCAAUCAGGCUGUAAUCGGAGUAUUUAGGCCAAAUUCGGCCCCAUUUUGGACACUAUUUGGGUUGGUAAUCGGCUUUAUUUGGGAUGCUAAAAAUUGUUUUGGGUCAAUUGUAAGCGAUUGUGAUCUGAUUUUGGCCCUAUUCUGGAAGUUCCCUAAAUCAAAGAUGAAUAGGUUCUGAAUCCAUCCAUUUCAGGUCAUAUUCAGGCAGAAUUAUUCAAAUUUUAAUCAGGAGAAUUCAAUUCAGGUGUAACCCUGACUUUAAAGUGGAAUCCAGCCUUGGUCAUAAAAUGUGUUGUGUUGGAAAGGAGAAAAAAUAGUAAAACAGAAUGGUGAAAGUUUGAAAGAAAUCAGACAAGCAAUAAAGUUAUGGCUGCUUAGAUAUUGGGAUCACUAAGACUUUGUAGAUGUCAAAUUGCAGGGGCUGAGGAACGGUUUUCAAAUUGGGU